CCGUACAUGCGCAGUAUAACUCACUUGGCUACCCGCCCUCCUCUCCCGGGCCGCGCCUAGGCGUAGUGGUAGCGCGCCCUCUACGGGCCUCCGCGUUCUCGCCUUGCGGUUCCGCCGUGAUCCCACUCCCCGCCAGCCACGCCCAGGCUCGCGAGAAUAAGAACAGAAGCCUCCGGAAAGGACUCUGUGGAACGGAGCUUUCUACUUCUAUAGUUUCUACACGGAGAGUUUUAAUUCACCGGAAGUAAUUGUCGUUAAAAGCCACAGCAAAAAAGAAGGCCCCCUUAACAUACUAGGUCUACGGAACCGAGCGGAAGUCUUGGUUCACACGCUUCCCGAAGAGCACCCUGGGAGCCUGAAGGAUUCGGAAGCGCCUGGAGCCGACGGGAGAGCCUGGAAGCUCGCGUGGCCGGCUAGCACACGGCGUGUCGCUGAAGCGUGUGGUGCGUGCGCCAAGAUCAAGGCGGCCGAAACCCCAGCGUUGGUAUAAUAACUGAUACCGCGUGUGAGACAUGGUUGGGAGAUCCCGGCGGCGUGCAGCGGCCAAGUGGGCAACUGUGCGAGCCAAUUCAGGGCGCACUCCGGCGGACGAAAAUGAAGACGACUGCGAAUUGCCACCCUCACCUGGCGAUUCCAGCUACUACCAAGAUCAGGUAGAUGAUUUCCAUGAGGCACGAUCCAGGGCCGCCUUGACUAUGGGCUGGAACGAAUUAGACAGUGGGGACGACGAGGAGGAUGGUGAGGAGGAGGAGGAGGUGCUAGGCCUAGAUAUUGACGAUGAGGACGACGAAGAUGGUGAGAGUGUGGGAGAUGAGGAGGAUGGCGAUGAUAAUGAUGGUGGUGGGAGCUCCGUGGAGAGCGAGACUGAGGCCUCUGUGGAUCCCAGUUUGUCGUGGGGCCAGAGGAAGAAACUUUACUAUGACACGGACUAUGCCCCCAAGUCCCGAGGCCGGCAGAGUCAACAAGAGGUAGAGGAGGAAGAAAGAGAGGAGGAAGAGGAGGCACAGCUCAUCCAGCGGCGCCUAACCCAAGCCCUUCAAGAGGAUGAUUUUGGAGUCACCUGGGUGGAGGCCUUUGCAAAACCGGUGACCCAGGUAGAUGAGGCCGAGACACGGGUCGUGAAGGAUUUGACGAAAGUUUCAGUGAAAGAGAAGCUGAAGAUGCUGCGGAAGGAAUCACCAGAGCUCUUGGAAUUGAUAGAAGACUUGAAAGUAAGGUUGACAGAGGUAAAGGAUGAGCUGGAGCCAUUGCUACAGUUGGUGGAACAAGGAAUCAUUCCCCCCGGCAAAGGAAGUCAAUACCUGAAGACCAAGUACAACCUCUACUUGAAUUACUGUUCCAACAUUAGUUUUUAUUUGAUCCUGAAAGCUCGGAGAGUCCCUGCACAUGGACAUCCUGUCAUAGAAAGGCUUGUUACCUACAGAAAUUUGAUCAACAAGCUGUCAGUUGUGGAUCAGAGGCUGUCCUCCGAAAUUCGUCAUCUCCUCACACUUAAGGAUGAUACUGGAAAGAAAGAACUGAAUCUAAAAGUAAAAUCCACGAAGGCCAAGCCAAAGUCUGUUUCAGAGACUUCUGCUGCUGCCUCUGAUGUUACAGAUCUUUCUGAUGAUUCCAAUUUUGAUAAAGAAGCUGCACUGAAAUACUAUAAAGAAAUAGAAGACAGGCAAAAGUUGAAGAGAAAGAAAGAAGAAAGUAGCACUGAAGAACAGGCUCUUGAAGAUCAAAAUGCAAAGAGAGCCAUUACCUAUCAGAUUGCUAAAAAUAGAGGACUUACACCUAGGAGAAAGAAGAUAGAUCGCAAUCCCAGAGUGAAACACCGGGAGAAGUUCAGAAGAGCCAAAAUUCGCAGAAGAGGCCAGGUUCGUGAAGUUCAUAGAGAAGUGCAACGUUAUAGUGGUGAAUUAUCUGGCAUCCGUGCAGGAGUUAAAAAGAGCAUUAAACUUAAAUAAAUUUUUUUGCUUAGCUUAUGCUUUUUGGCAAUAAUUUUGAAUCAAUAAAUUUUUUAAACUA